AUGGAGCGCGAGCUGGAGGCGCUGGCUGCCCGGCCCGCGCGCCCGGCUGAGCCGCCCUUCCAGGCGCUGGUGGAGGCGGCGGGCGGCUGCGGGCAGGUGUUGCUGGUGGGCGAACUGUGGGAGCGCGAGCAGAGCCGCGCGCUGCUGUGGGACUUCGCCCGGGCGGUGUUCCCGCCCCAGCAAGCCGCGGGCCAGCCGGGCGGCGCGGCGGCCGAGGGCGCGGGGCCCAGGGCGCCGGGGGCGCAGAAGGUGCCCGAGACCCGGGCGCGCGCCAUCCGCUCACCGCUGGUCUUCGUGCUGUGCCGCGCGUCAUCGCUGGCAGCCCGGGAGCCGCGGCGCCACCUGCGGGAGAUGCUGCGGGACGUGCGCAGCCGGCGGUGGCCCGGCGCGGCGUUGGUCGGGGUGCUGGUGGUCGAGGCGGAGCCCGAGGACGCGGUGGCCCCGGAGCUGCGGCUACUGGAGGCGCUGUUGCGCACGGUGUUCGGCCGCCAGGCCGGAGGCCCGGUGCAGGCGGCCGCCUACUGCCCCGGCCACCCGGCUUCCAGCUUGAUUGUUCAGGCGGCCGCCUGCAGGGCCCUGCAAGCCGCCGGGCCCUUGCGACCAGCAGAAGAAGCCUGGGAGAGACCCGGCCUCCCAGGACUGCUGGCAUGCUUUUCCUGGGGUCCCUGGAGCCGACGGAAGGACCCAGAUGCCACUUCCCGCAGUGACCCAGCUCAGGAUGACUUCCAGGACCCUGAGGAGGAGCUGCCACUGACAGUCGUAUAUCCCAAUGGAGACGGCAAGGAUCCCAGAAAGGGGUCAGUAGCUUGUGAUAGAGUUGCCUCCACUUCCGCUGAGCCCGCCGGAGACUUGAGAUGAAGGCUGGACCCCUGGCUGCCCUGGCUCUAACCAACAGAGAGGGGGCUGGCUCUCACUGAGCUACCCUGACUCCAUGUUGACCUUGGGAUGCUGGUAACUACAGAGCCCCACCUGCCAGGGGGCUGUUGCAUUGACCUGUUACCAGCCAGGCAGCGGGACUUACUAAGCUAAGCAGGACCUAGGAAAAUGUAUCCUCCAGGAAUCUGCUCCCCCCUCGCAUUUGCUUACUCUCUGGUCACUGUGGGGUUAUUUUUUCUCUCUGUGCCGUGGUUUCUCUAUGCCAUUGAGACAGCUGGCUAUCUGCUUUGAGGUUCUGUGGUGCUGUGGCAUCCCAUGAUUGUUUGCAUGAGUAUCCAUCAUUUCAAAAGCAGCUGGAUGAGAAAUCAUCAGGUCUGAGAGGGGAGCCU